GACGCCACCAGCGCCAUUUUGGCAGGGGCUGAGAGAAGGACGCCGUCUGCAAUUCGGCUGCUGCUGCUGCUGCUGCUGCUGACAUUUUUACGGGCCAUGGUUGGCACAUGUGCCGCGCCCGGCUGCAAGAACCGCGUGAAACAGAAUUCCGGGAUUACGUUCCACGUGUUUCCGAAGGUUCCUGCUGUGCGAGAAGCGUGGGCGCGCGCUGUGAAUCGGCAGGACGGCUGGAUCGCGAAAGACAGCGAUCGCCUGUGCUCCGUACAUUUUAAGCCCGAAUGCUUCGACAAAACUGGUCAGACUGUUCGAUUACGAGCCGGGAGCAUGCCUACGUUGUUCCCAGCAACGCAGCUGUAUAAAGCAAGAAAAGUCAAACCAAAUAAAAGACAGAGCCAAUGCAGGGCACAGGCAAAAGUCAAGUUGACAUCAAGCAGCAGUCACCAACAGGAGCCGCACGGCAGAGCAACUCGGGCAGCCACCAAGGUCCAGCAAGCUGCUGACCAAGCCGCAAGGCAACCGAAAACAAAGAACAUCGGCACCAACACAACGUUAUUACCUAGAAAGGAUGCACCAACCCAGGCUAGAGCUGCAAACUCGGAGGGCCAGCCAUUGCCUAAAAAACGACUGUUCAACUUGCGGCUCGAGGCCAAAGGCCAGUCAGAAAGCCAAGUCAAGGGCAGCAAAGAUGCCAGUACCAGUCAGCCAGCUCAUGUUGAGAAGCCGAAGUUGGUUACUGUCAAUGGUUCUAAAAGCGAGGAGGACUCAGGUUGGGAUAACAUGUCAAACUGCUCUGAUGACCUGGAGGAACAUGCUGAUGCCGUUGAACAAACAGUGAACCGGGACCUUGACUCUGGUGAACCGGGCCCCGUAACAACAGCCACGGGAGCAUUAUUUCUGCACACAUAUUGCGGCGAGAGGAUCGAGCCAGAGGAGGUGGUCAAGCCCAAAUUGUUGCUUCAGGUUGCUAAACGGCGCCUUACUCUGGUUGAACGGAAACUGAAGCGCAAGUCGGAGGCAUACAACGAACUGCUAGAUGCCAACAAGGAGCUCAAGUUUGAGCUGUCGCUAGCCCAGAGGCCAAAGCAGCAGCAGUUUUCAGUGAGCGACCGGCUGCCCCAGGAACUACUGCGCGACUGGCACGAGAACGCCGGACGUGUUCCGCACGCGCGACGCUACACCGCUACGACACUGCGCUUUGCUGCUGACCUGCACGCCUGCUCGCGCACUGCAUACGAACACGUAGCCCACUGGCUGCCCAUGCCCACACUGUACCUGGUGCGACGCCAUAGCGCCAUGUCUUCUCGUGGAGAUGGCAGCCAGGAGAGUGGCGGUGUCGUCGCAGCCACAACACCCAGCAGAAAAGGCGAAAACACUUCGGCAGGGCCUCGAGACACCACUGUGCCUGCUAGCAGGUUUGCAAGCUCAGUGCCUCGUUUCCGAAAGGUGGUAUCUGGGUUUCCUUCAGUGGCUUCAAACCCAAAUUCGUCAACAGUCUCUCCAGCGCAGUGUACAGUGAAGUCAGAAAAGGCUCCAGUCAUGCAAGCCAGUCACAGUGCACCCACUGUCUUUGUCAUAAAAAACGCAACGCCACCAGAAAUGGCAACACCCCCGGAAGCGGCCACGCUACCCGAAACGGCAUCAUCCACGGAGGUAGCCACAUCAACAGAGACGACUACACCACCAGAAACGGAAGUGCAGCCAGACAAGGACUUGGAACUAGGUACAGAGACACAGCCUAGAAUGAAAAUGCAGCUAGAUACAGAGACGCAACCAGAAGACAAGACGCAAGAAACGGAAACCCAGCUAAACAUUGAAACAUUAUCGGGGUCACACACUGCGGAAACGAUCACGGACACUCCCGCAGUACAAACAGUCACUGCCAUAUUUGUUCCCAGAACGCUCGCUUUGUAAAAUUGAGGCUUUUAUAUAUGUGUACAGAAAUUAAAGAGAAUUCACACAGUG